AUGACAUCACUUUUGCCUUUUUCUAUUCCUUUAUUAAAUAUUGACUCUUUAGUCUGUUCAUCUAUAUCAUUCUUAGAUUUUGUUCUAAUUUCUUGUGAUCCUAUUAGUGAUAAUACACCCAUACCUAAUGCUGCACCUUCACAUGCAAUAGCUACUGGUGUACCAACUAUUGUUGUUAAAAAACCAAUACCAACAGCUCCUAAUGUCAUAGUGCUUGCUAGGUAUAAAUGUAACAAAUGUGCGAUUAAUUGCGCUGCAAUGAAGGGUCACCUUGAAGUAAUAAAAUAUUUACAUGAAUUAGGGUAUAAAUGUGACAAAUGUGCGAUUAAUUAUGCUGCAGAAAAUGGACACUUUGAAGUAGUAAAAUAUUUACAUGAAUUAGGGUAUAAAUGUGAUGAAUGGACAAUUGAAUGGUAUAAAUGUGAUGAAUUUGCAAUUUAUUAUGCUGUACACAAAGAUCACCUUGAAGUUGUAAAGUAUUUAAUUGAAAAAGGGUAUAGAGGAGCAGAAGAUUCAAUUGAUUUCGCUGCAGAAAUUGGUCGUCUUGAAGUAAUAAAAUAUUUACAUUCGUUAGGAUAUAAAGGUACAAAAUUUGCAAUUAAUUAUGCUGCAGAAAAUGAUCACCUUGAAAUAGUUAAAUAUUUACAUGAAUUAGGGUAUAGAGGAACAGAAAAAGCAAUUGAAUACGCUGCAAUGAAUGGUAAUAAGGUUGAUUUCGCUGCAAAAAUAGGUAAACUUUAUUUAAUUCAAUUAUUAAUUCGAUUUGGAGAAAAAGGAAGAGAAAAAGCAGUUAAUUUUGCUGCAAAAGGAGGAAAUCUCGAAGUACUAAAAUAUUUACAUGAAUUAGGAUAUAGAGGAACAAAAGAUGCAAUUGUUUAUGCUGCAAAAGAAGGUCAUCUUGAAGUAAUUAAAUAUUUACAUGAAUUAGGGUAUAAAGGUGAUAAAUUAGCAAUUAGUUAUGCUUUUGAAAAUGCUGCUAAAAAUGGAAAUCUUGAAGUAAUUAAAUAUUUACAUGAAUUAGGGUAUAAAGGUACAGAAAAAGCAAUUGAUAAUGCUGCUUUAAAUGGACAUCUUAAAGUAAUUAAAUAUUUACAUUCUAUAGGAUAUAGAGGAACAGAAAAUGCAAUUGAUAAUGCUGCUUUAAAUGAUCAUCUUAAAGUAAUUAAAUAUUUACAUUCUAUUGGAUAUAGAGGAACAGAAUGGGCAGUUAAUUUUGCUGUAUUUAAUGAUCAUCUUGAAGUAAUAAAAUAUUUACAUGAAUUAGGGUAUAAAGGUUCUGAAUGUGCAAUUAAUUGUGCUGUAGAACAUAGUCACCUUGAAGUAGUAAAAUACUUGCAUGAAUUAGGACAUUUUUUCACUCAUUUUAAGCUUUAA